UUUUUUUUUUAUUAUGGACAUUGUACUUAGCAUUUGAUUUUAUAUCUAUUAAUAUUAGUAUUUGAUUUGUGUUUUGAAGAAUGAAGUAUUUUAUUUGUUCUGUUUAAUUGUUUUGGUGUAAUUAUAAAAGGCAAUUCCAAAUAUAAUCAUGGAAGUGAGCCAUGAAAAUGAUGGUAAGAUAUACACAUACUUGUAAAAUCAUAAUUCUAUAAAAAAUUGUAUACCUUGUAAACUCAUUUAACUCUGGAAAUAGAGUGCUAAGUGAAAUUUGUGUAACAAAUAUGUUUAUUUAUAAAAAUACAAAUAAAUUGUUAUCAUGGUUAAGUAGUUAUGUAAGUCAGAUUAAACUUAUCUGUAUGUCAAUAUUUGGAUAAAAAAAUUUUUAUUUAAAUUUGAAAGCAAGAAUUAAACUAUAUAUAGUAAAUAUUGUUGUGUAGUUUAAAAAUAUAAGGUAGGUCACUGAAUAGUUAGCAUUAAAAAUAUUUAUGUAUGUUCAUUAAAUAGGUUCCUAAUAAAAUAUACAUAUUUUUUUUUUAUUAAAAAUUGUAAAUGUAAAACUUACAAUUAUUAUGUAAUUGAAGUAGUAAUUGGUUAGAUAUUAAAGCAGGAAUUAAAUAAAAAAAUAAUUUUUGAUGGGAGUAUCAAGUAAUUUCUUAGAAUAAUAAUAAUAACUCAAUUAUAUAAUUAAAGUAAGUAGUUAAUUUGUACAUGCAUGCAUAGGUGAUACUAUAACUGACUUGGCUUUUGAUUAUAAAAGCUAAAUUAUCCAUUCUUAGAUAGCAUAAAUUAUAAAAUUUGUCACUUUAAUAAUACUUUGUAUAAUUUUAUUUUCAGGAUAUGAUAAUGAAUAUCAGUCAAAAUCAAAAGGAAGUAUUUUGACUAGAAAGAAUAAUAAUUUACCUAUUUGGGGUAAUGAGCGUACAAUGAAUUUAAACAGCUUAAUAUUAACUAAUAUUCAAUCAUCCCAUUAUUUUAAAGGUAAUUUAAAAAAAAUGUAUUAAAAUAUGUACUUCAUAUAUCAAACUAGUUGAUGUUUAAUUUUUUAAAUUAAUAUGUAUUAUUUGGAGCCAUCAAUGUAAAUUAAGGUGUUUAUUUGAUGUACAGGGUUUGUCCGGAAAGUAUUGAGCAUGAUAUUUUUCACAAAAUUUAUUGAACAUACAAGUACUACAACUUAAUAUUCUUCAAAAUAAGACCCUUUCACUUCAAUACAUUUUUGCCAACCUGAUUCUCAUGCUGUAUAAGCUUCCUGGAACUCUCUGCAGAAAUACUGUUCAGUAAGGUCGUCAAAGUAUCUUAGACGUUCUCCAGGGUGCCCAGAUGAUGUUCUUUGAGCUUCCUUUUCAGUCCAGAAAAUAAAAAGAAGUCCGCCAGAGCUAAGUUUGGACUGUAGGGUGGCUGGGAAAUUGUUUUGACACCAAUCCAAGUCAAGUAGGAGGUGACAACAAAGGCUGUGUGAGACGGCACAUUGUCAUGAUGCAGUCUCCAUGACGCUCAGAUCUCUUUUCGGACGCGGGUGACUGUAAUUCAGCCUUUGAAGCACUUCCUUUUAAUUCAAUAUUCCUGACAUACAAACAUUCAUCGGUCUGUGUUCAACAAUUCGCCCACACGGGUGAGAUGUUUGUCCGUUUGCGAUGUUGAUGUGCGUCCAGAACGGGCCUCGUCGUUGACAUCUUUCCGACCUUCCUUGAACGACUUGUGACACUUCUUUACCUGCAAAUAGAUCAUAGAAGCAUCCCCGAAGGUUAUUUUAAGUAUGUCCCAUGUUUCUUUUGGCAUCUUGUUGAGCUUGACACAAAAUUUCUCCACUUAACAUUGGUUUAAACAUUUUUCUAUCUUAACUACAACGCAGUCACUGCACAGAGGUUCACGUAAAAGCACGUCUUAACUCUCCUAGAGAUCGGAUAUGACUAACCAUGGCAUCUCUGAAUAGCUAAAGGUGCCCCUCACUCUUCUUAAUUGGUUUCAUCGUUCCACAUUGUAUAGUCAUGUCACAAAAUAAUUAGGCUCAUUACUUUCCGGACAAACCCUGUAUAACCAAAAUUGAUAAAUUAUCUAAAACAUAUCGUUCAUAAAUCAUUGUUUGCAUUAGUGAAAGUUACUCUUAUUAAAUAAUAAGGUGGAAAAAAAAAAUUUGGAAAUUAAUAUUAAAAUCUACCCAUUGCAUAUCAAUUUAUUUAAACAAAAUGUUAUUAUAAAUUAGUAUAAUUUUUUUAGUCAAUUUAUAUGAAUUAAAAACCUACCAUGAAGUAAUUGAUGAAAUUUAUUAUAAAGUACAACAUCUUGAGCCAUGGGAAAAAGGUAGUCGUAAAACCUCUGGACAGACUGGAAUGUGUGGUGGUGUAAGUUGUUUUUAAAAUUAAUAAUUUAUAUUAUCUUAAAAUCAAUAAAGGGUUAUAAUAUUUUAAAAAGUAUAAUCUUAUUUUAAUGUUUUAGGUUCGAGGAGUUGGUGCUGGUGGAAUUGUGUCUACAGCUUUCUGUCUUCUUUAUAAACUGUUCACAUUGAAAUUGACUCGCAAGCAGGUAACUGGGUUAAUUACCCAUUGCGAUUCACCUUAUAUACGUGCUUUGGGUUUUAUGUACAUCAGGUAAGAUUUUGAUCAAACUAUCCCAAAGUAUAGUGGAGGAUAAUUGUUUGAAGAAUAAUAACAGUCCUGAAAGUAUUCCUGUUCCUAUUUAUUUAUUUUAUCAUUUUUAUGUUGAUAUGAAAUAAAAUAAUUUUUUCAUAAUAUAUUUUAGGUAUACUCAGCCACCUGGGGAUUUAUGGGAUUGGUACGAAUCUUUCUUGGAUGACGAAGAGGUAAUUUCUGUUUGCUAUAAUUUGUAAACAUAAAAUAUUUGGUUUAAACCAUUAUUUUGAUUAAAUAUUUUAACAAGCAUGUGAUAUCUAUAUUCAUUAGGUAUAUUAUUAUGAUCCAAUCAGUUAAUAAGCAAUACUUCUAAUAAUACAAAUUUGUGUAAAAUAUUAAUUAGCAUCAAGGGGUAGUAAAUAGUUUUGAUAAUUAUUACUAAACUUAAAGAGAAAAUUUAAAAAAAGAACAUCACUUUUAAAUUUGGUGUCUAAAUUAAGAUUCAGAUUUCUUUUUUUUUUUUUUAGAAUAUUAUUGGUUUAAAACAUAAGGUUCUUAUUUCAUUGCCUUGAAUAUAGUAGUUAAUAGUUGGUGGUGUGGUUGAACAUAUUUGGCAUAUUUAACAUAUUUACACACACUUCCUGGGUUUUUGACAAUAAUGUAUUCAAAAAUUUUUACUUGAUUACGGGUAUAAGUUUAUAGAAUACUUAGUUAUUAUUCGUGUAUAUGUCUCAUUUAUUAUUCAUUAUUUUCAAAAUGUCAUAUAUUCAUGUUAUCACAACGAUUAAACAAUGUAUGGAAAUAGACAGUGGCUUUUUUUCUUUUUUUUUUGCUCCAAAUUGUUGCUGAUAACUAUGGCUCAGAACUUAAUGCUCUUAAAAAGUACUAAAUAUGUAAUCAUAAAUUUUGUUUUUUUUAUACAAAAUAUUCACUGGGAGUUUCUCUUGAUAUAUACUUUUCCAAAAAUUAUUUUUGAUUGAGUUUUACUAAAUUUUGUGAAGAGGUAUGUUUGCUGAUAAUAAAGCUUUGUGAGAUAAACAAUUUUUUGGAGUAUUAAUUAUAACUGUUACUGUUAAACUUCAGUGUUUUUGUUCUUUUCAUUUUUCCUAAUAACUGCUUGUUUGUUUUUCAGUAUUAGUGUGCAGUCAACAAAUUUUCUGUCACUAUUUUCCAUUAUUUUACAUAACUUACAAUAAAAAAAUAGUUCUAUCGGUUUUAAAUGUAUCCAUCCCGUACUCCAACAAGGAACUUUUCAAAUGAUUUGUCUUGGACAGUUAAAUUUUUCGGGAAUGAAAUAAAAAUAAUAUAAUCAAAAGAAAUAAGAACAACACUAAUUAAACUUAUGAACGUAUUAGUCGGAACUAACAUUUUUAUUUACGGGUAGAUAUAUUUAAGUCCUUCGUAAAAUAUUUUCCGUCCUAAAGCAAAAAUUCUAUUGCAGUGUUUUUUGACGAUUAUUAAUUUUAUUUUGGUUCUUCAAUUUCUUAAAAAAAAAUUAUAUGUCUACCUAAAGCAACGCAUGGCUUACUUGUACUUUAGCGAUAAGUCUAGGUAUAUUAAUGCAAUUAACUAUAUAACCAUUGAAUCAUUUUCUAAGGAUAGUAUUUUAUAGAAUAAAUUAUAUUUUGAUAGAAGCUAUUAGAUAAAUAUUUAAAAAACACUAUACUAAAAUACUCAGUGUAAAGUUUUAAAACUAAUACAUCUAUUUAUUUAUUACUGAAUUUUUAAAUACUAUUAUCAUGAGUUAUAAAAUAUAUAUCUAAAAAUGAUUAAAUUAAGAAUUAUGCUCUUAAAACUAUAAAAUCACUAAAUAUGUUUACAAUUUACUAUAAACUUUUGAUUUUUUUCGUUUUUUUUUCGAUAUUUAGCUUACUCAGCAAAUCAUGUAAUAGCUCACAAAAAACAUGCGAAUGCAUAUUCCGAGUCCUACUGAUGACUUUUGCUCAUUAGUCUUUGUAAUCUAAGUAUCUAAAUCAUAAAUACAGCACUGCGUAUAAUCACUAAAAAAUGUAAGACUACAUCAUAAUAGUUAUUUAAACUUGGUGUUAUCUUAGAUAUUGCAAUUAAUAUUUUACUGUAUUUAUUUUAUUGUUUAUGCAGACAUUUAGUAUACAUAAGAAUAACAACCUCUUACAAUAAACAUUUGAAAUACCUAUUCUAUACAUUUAAAUAAUACAUAUUUGUUUAAAUAAUAUAAUUAGGAAAUGGAUGUUAGAGCCGGAGGUGGACAAAUGAUGACAAUUGGCAAUAUAUUAAAGAGUUUUUUAUUCAAAUUGGAGUGGUAUUCAACAUUAUUCCCUAGAAUUCCUGUGCCCAUUCAGGUAGGUAUGUCAGCAAUAAAACCCUGGAACUUAUCUUACGGUAUUUUGAAUAUCAUGUAAAUGUAUAUUAAAUGUUUUAAUAGAUACUAAUGAUUUUGUUUUUUUUUUUUUUUUUAGCAACAAAUGGAAAAGAAAAUGAGUGAUAAGUAUCCUCCAGUAAUUGAAGAAACGCCCAGAAGAAAUGUACCUGAAAAAAAUUUUAAGUAGGAAUAAUUAUUUAUUUACAAUUUAAUUUAGCUGUAAUUCAAAUUCUGUUUAAUAUAGUAAUAGAGAAAGAGAUGAUUAUAGAAAUAGAGCUGAUAUCUCUGACACGUCAAGAUCUAGAGACAGAAUUGAUCGUAGAGAACGAUCACAUAGAGAUUAUCGGGAUAGAGAUUAUGAACGAAAGACUAGUCACACAAAUUCCAGAGAAAGGUAAUACUUUUAUGUGUUUGAAUGAAUAAUAUAUUUGUUAAUAAUUAAUUCAUUAAUCUGUGACGUUAACUUUUUUUCUUCUUUUUUAGCAAAAUACCUUUACUAUUUUACUAUACACGAUUAUUAUUUAUCGUUAUAAAACAAUAUUUGAAAUUUUUGCUAAAGAAAAGAUACUCAGAGCUUAUACAUGUUGCAGGUUUAAGCAACUCAUUAGAUAAGUGCAAAAAUAAUUUUUAUUGUAUAAUGUUAAUUUGAUAUUAUCAUUUUUGAAUUUUUGGUUAUGUGUAAACAUGGUCUCAUUAAUGAUUUUGAAAACGUGUAAUUUAAUGAAACUAUUGAUAUUAAAAAAAGAAAAAAGAAAAUAAUAAUAAUGGCAAUUUGUUUUUUAUAUUUUUGUAUUGCAUACAAAUUAUUUUAGUAAAAAGCCUAUAGGUUCUUGAACACUGAAUAUGCAAGUACUUAAAAUUUUUAAAAUUUGCACUAAAAGUAAAUUUUUCUCAGCAGUAAAUAUUAAUAUAUAGUUUAUAAAAUAAAACAAAAUGCAAUACAUACAUAAAAUAUAUUUAUUAUCAUAAAACUGAUCAAACUGAAAUUGAUAUUUAUAUUAUAUAAUUGAAGUAUCAAUUUCAGUUUGGAUCAGUUUUAAUAACUAAUAAUUGAUUGGGUAAUCUUUUUUCUAGCAUUAAAGCUAGUUUCUCACUAUGUAUACCCACAUGGAUGGAUAUAACAUUCCUUAUGAUUUUAUUUUAAAUAGUACAGCAAAACAAUAAUUAAAAUAUAUUUUCAAAAUAAAUUCAGUUUUAAAUUUAUUUUAAUAAUUACUAAAUACUAGAUAGUAAUUAAUAUUCUCAUUAAUUUUAGAUCACCUUAUGUAAGCCGAAGAGACGAUUACAAAAAAAGGUAAUGUACCUACAUUAAUUAUAAUAAAUAAUUAUCCAAAUGUAAGUUAAUGUUUUAAUCUUUUAGUACUUCUAGAAGUCCAAAAUACGGUAGCAGUAGAAGAAGAGAUCGAGAUGAUUACAGGUAAUUUUAUUAUUUCAACUAUUGUAUUUUAAUUAAGUAUUAUUUCACACACAUAUUAAGACAAUUUAUUUGUACAGUAUAUGAUAACUGAUGUUUUAUGCAUUGUGUAAUUGAUUUUGGUAGGAAUUAUUUCUUAUACCUUAAUUGUGACUCCUAUAAUUUUUAAAUAAUAUGAUGGGCAUUUUAUUUUUUAGGUCAAGAUAUUGAUCAGAAUUAUGAAGUAAAAUUGACAAAUAUAAAUAUAUAUAUAUAUAUAUAUAUAUAUUAUUAUUUUUUUUUAAUUUUACACUCAAUAAAAAUAAGUGAUUAAAGUUUUAAAUUUAAGUUGUACAUAUAUGCAUCAUUAAAUUACUUAUUUUCUGUAUUUUUAAACCAUUUAUAAUAAAUAAAAUGGAUUUUCAAUAAAUCAUAUUUUUUUAUAAAUAUAUAUAUAUAUAUAUAUACAGGAUGUUUCAAAAUUUAUGUUACAGUUAUUUUAUCAUUAAAAUAUUCAAAAUUGAAAAAAAAAUGAGCCUUGAUUACAUAGAGCGAAUUUACUCGCUACUCGCUGUUACUAAAUUCGUUCAAUGUAUUUGACCUAGUCACUUAUUCACUGUAUAUUAACAGUCGCUACUCGCUCGAGAUUAAAGUUGAUGGCUGGGCUACUUUUAUGGCUCCUCGCUUGCUAUUUUACAUUCCAGCGAAUAAAAUUGUUUUGUAUAAUCGACAUGGCUAGCAAAAUAGUUAGUGUGUUUGUGACUAGUUGUUCCAAGAUAUUAGAGGCUGUAGUUCACGCAGGUAUUGUUAUUAUUCUCAUUUAUUGCGUCAGAAAUUGGAAAAAAGGAAAACUAAGAAGAAGAAAAAUAUUUGUGUUAGAGAUUGGAUUGCUAGACAAGAGAAAUAUGAUGCAUUGAGUACAUUAAUAAGAGUUUAGAGAUGAAGACACUAUAACCUACUGAAAUCUUCUAAGAAUGGACGUGGCCCAGUUCGAUAAUUUAUUACAGAUGGUUUAUAAUUUAAUUAAGAAAGAAGAUACUCAAAUAAGAACGGCAAUCCCACAUAAAUAAUUUAUAUAAAUAAUACUUAUUAUAUGCAUACGCAAUGCGUGGUUGUGACAUGCUACAAGCGUUUAAUUGCACAAUGUAAUACUGUAAUCGGACAUGUUGCUACACACCCACUCGCACACGACUAUGGUCGUUGACAUGCUGCGAGUAAAUUCAUCCUAUGUAAUCGAGGCAUAAUACUCUUAAUAAUUAUCUAAAAUAAUUUAUAAGUUUUUUUUAUUUUACUAAAUUUUUUUUUUGGGGGGGGGGGGUUAACUUUUGAAAUUCAAAUAGGAAUCUAUAUUAAAAAUUCCAUAAAUAUUUAGAGUAUUAAUCAAAACAAACUUUGGUGUUGAUAUUUUUGAUUUCCGUUAACCCGUUGACGAGAUGUUCCACUUUUUAGUUUAAAUAGGGGUGGAACAUUAUUUAAACGCUGCCGCAUGCCGUAUUAUAGCAGCAGAACAACUUCUUGGUACAUCUACAACUCUCCCCUUGCCGUCAAAUAACAAAUAAUAUAUAAUUAUAUAAUGUGCGCAGUGCAUUAUAUAAUUAAUUAUAUAAUGCACUGCGCAUACCUACAAUUUGUACCAAACGUGGGUAGUAAUAUAGUGAUAAUAAUAACUUGACAUGAUAUGAGAGCCUAUAACAUAGAUAAUUUGAUAUAAGAUAAAAUCUUGUAAUCCUGUAAAAUCCAUAAUCAGAGAAUGAUCACUGGUACUUUAUGGUGUAAUAAAUUUUGAUUGGUUUCCGCUAUCGAUUAUACCAUUAAAUCCAAAUAAUUUAUAUUAUUAUAUUAUAGAUAAAUAUUUUUUAUUUUUAGCGUUAUUCUAAGUUUCCAAAUAUGUAGUUCUAAUUAUAUAAAAAUCUAAUUCAGAUAUAUUAAUGUCUAAAAAAUCCGCAUACGGCUC